AAUUUGGAAUUGAGGUUUUUGAGAAUUUUACAGAAAUGUCGAACUCGCUGCACGAAUUUCUCACGGGUAAAUAAAAGAAAAAAUCGCCUUGAUUUAUGAUUUGCGAAAAAGCACGCAAAUAUUCCUUAUACAACCUUUAUAUCGAUUUACAAGACGAAAUUGGUGCUGGUUGCCAAAAGUACGUACUCAAAAGAUUUUGCUAAUCAUCUUUUUUCGUUUUCCAUUAUUUGAAUUAUGUCCCUCAAACCGCGCACUGUCGAUUUCAACGCGACAUGGACGUUACUGCAGGAGACGAUUCACGGGGUGAUCACUCUGGCGCACGUACCCCGACCGGUCUGGAAUGACAGGUUUUCAGACGUGUACUCGCUGUGCGUCGCCCACCCGGAACCGAUGGCCGACCGUCUAUACGCCGAGACCAAAUUGUACCUAACGAACCACGUGGCUAAGCUCCUGAAUGAGGUUUUAGAGGGCGGCGACGCGCACCUUGUUAAGAAUUAUUUUAAGUAUUGGACGGACUAUUCGAUAGGGGCGAGGUAUCUGCACAGCCUCUACCUUUACCUCAACCAACAGCACAUCAAAACACAAAAACUGUCAGAUGCCGAAAUCAUUUACGGUGGCUCGGAUACCGCAGGCGAACAAAUGGAGAUCGGCGAGCUGGCGUUGGAAAUUUGGCGAUCGGGCAUGAUCUCCCCCUUAGGCUACAAGCUGGUGAAGUUGCUACUGGAAGCGAUCGACGAAGAUCGCCUCUAUCACACCACAACUCUACCGAUCGACGCCGUUAAAGGCACAAUAUUAAGUUUUGUCGAGGUGCAAACGUACAAGAAGAAAGGUCAACUGCAGCUUUACCAGGAGCUCUUCGAGGAGCCCUUCCUGAACUCGAGCGGGGAGCAUUUCAAACGCGACGCCGCUCGCCUUUUGGAAAGUAAGGAUGUCAGUUUGUAUAUGGAGAAGGUGAUCGCGAAAAUCGACGAGGAGCUGUUCCGAGCUAGGAAGUUUUUACAUCCGAGCUCGCUGCCAAAGAUAACGCAACGGUGCGAGACCCACAUGGUCGCCGAGCACCUGCUAUUUUUGUACAGCGAGUGUAAAAACAUGGUGCAGGGCGAACGUAAGCAGGACCUCUCCAACAUGUACAAUCUACUUAAAAGCGUUCCCAACGCGAUGAGCGUUCUCGUCGAGACGGUCCUGGAUCACAUAAAAUCUCAGGGAUUGGUUGCUGUAAAUAACUUGCAAGGGGAGAGCGUGCACAUACACUUCGUCGAGAAUCUUCUGGAGGUGUACAAGAAGUACAGGCAGUUAAUUCAGGAGGUGUAUAAGGGUGAUCAAAAUUUCAUGGGUGCUUUAGAUAAGGCGUGUAGUUCCGUUAUAAAUUAUCGGCCGAGCGACGGGCGAAGUCCGUCGAGGAGUCCCGAAUUAUUAGCCAAGUACUGUGAUACGUUGCUCAAGAAGUCUACUAAGGGUAUUUCUGAGUCGGAAGUCGACGAGAAGCUGUCUCAGAGUAUCAUCAUCUUCAAAUACAUCGACGAUAAGGAUAUUUUUCAAAAGUUCUACUCGCGGAUGCUGGCGAAACGGCUGAUACACCAGCAGACGCAGAGUAUGGACGCUGAGGAGGCGAUGAUCAAUAGGCUAAAGCAGGCGUGCGGGUACGAGUUCACGAACAAGCUCCAUCGCAUGUUCACCGACAUGUCGUUAAGCGGCGAUCUAAACAAUCGCUUCAGCACCUUCCUCAAGAAUGACAGCAUCGAUCUUGGUAUCACGUUUAACAUUCACGUGCUGCAGGCCGGCGCGUGGCCUUUCGGCCAGUCCAACGUCACCUCAUUUGCGCUUCCCCAACAGCUCGAGCGAAGCGUACAGAUGUUCGAGUCCUUCUAUCACAAACGCUUCAACGGGCGUAAACUGACGUGGCUGCACCAUCUGUGCCAAGCGGAACUGCGCCUAGGCUACCUAAAGAAGCCCUACUUGAUAACGAUGCAGACGUUCCAAAUGGCUAUACUGCUUAUGUUCGAGACGACGAACUCGUUGACGUGCGGCGAAAUCCGCGACACCCUCCAGUUAAAUAACGAACAGAUACAGAGGUACGCAAAUAGUCUAGUCGAAUGUAAAUUUCUACUUGCCGACACCGAGGAGCUGAGCUCGAACACCUCGCUACGAUUGAAUACCGAAUAUUCAAACAAGCGUACGAGGUUUCGGAUCACGGCGGCCGUCCAGAAGGAGACCCCGCAAGAGGUCGAGCACACAAUGAACUCCGUCGAGGAGGACCGCAAGUUGUACCUUCAAGCCGCCAUAGUUAGAAUAAUGAAAUCUAGGAAAGUUUUAAAGCACAACGCCCUUAUUCAGGAAGUGUGCGCGCAAUCGAAAGUAUCAUUCGCGCCGAGUAUACCGAUGAUAAAGAAAUGUAUAGAGGCUUUAAUAGAUAAACAAUAUAUAGAAAGGACGCCGCAUUCGAGCGAGGAGUACAGUUACGUCGCGUAAAGCUCGAUUAAGGUUAAGAGUUUGUAACAUCUCUGUUAUAUAAUUUAUAAUCUCAUUAUUUUGUAAAUUAAAAUAAAAGUUUACGUCACGAG